AACAAUUUGCAAUCUUCACAUUGCAUUCAUAACAAACAACUAAUGCGAUUCUAAAUAAGCUGAUAUAAUUAAUGAACUGCGGAAGGAUACAACCGGUGCGCGCAGGAAUCAGGCUACGACUUAAAUGAAUCACACGUCCCAUUCUUUCACAAUGGCGUUGUCAAAUAAUUACGUACGUGGUACAAACUAGCCGGGAAGGGAGGCAAAACGGCCCUUCCCUUGAGUUCAGCAUAGAGCAACGUGUGAGGGAAUCUCUCAAGUACAGCCAGGAAAAGGAAAAUUAGGAAUCAAGUGGACUGAGACUCAGAAAAUGACUGAUUCAUUUGUCAUUAAAAAUUGUGUUGUGUAACUUCAUGAUCACAUAACUGACAUUAUAUUUCACAAGAACAUUUCAAGAUGAAUUAUGAACUAUUGCAGCAGUUUGUGGCAAUGCUCAGGACCUAGGUAGCUAAUACAUUCCCGGUGCCAAUUACAGGAAUGUGUAAUCAUUUUUGAACACAUUCUUAUUGUACAGUGUACAGUUUGUAGAAUAUUUUUAUAUGUGUACAGUUCGUUUCAUCAUUCAUACAUCAUCGAUCAUCAGUGGACUUGAUAUUACGCAGGGUAUCGCCAUAAGACUGUAGUUGGAGGUAGCUUUAAAGCAACACCACCAAACAAUAGUAAUAACAAAGAGUUUAUAUGAGUACUAUUAGGAGGCCACAUCCUAGACCUUUGUUAAUACCAAAUGGUACUAGGAAACACAAUGCGGAGCAAGUUCAAAUACAAAACUCUUUAUCAUCAAAUGCGGGUAACUUAACCCCAGAUCUACCUAAAAGUCGACCAAGUUUUCCAGUCGUUCAAGAUGAUGAACCAUGUUGGUCAAAAAUUGGGAAAUAUAUCCUACUUGAGAAACUUGAUGGUUGCAACAAUACAUUCAAGGCUGUAAGCAGCAGGGAUGGAGAACGAUAUAUCUGCAAGGUUUUUGGGUUAGACAAAUACCAAAAGUCAUUAACACCAUAUUUCCGAGUUGGAUCUCAUGAAUAUAUACGAGAAAUUCACGAAAUCAUCUUAGGCAGCACCAAUGCCUAUGUGUUCUUUGAUCAGAACCACGGUGAUCUCCACUCCUAUGUCCGUUCUAAGAAGCGCUUGGGAGAAACUGAGGCCAGGAACCUAUUUAGUCAGAUCGUCGAAGCUGUAGCACACUGCCAUGAGAGUGGAGUUGUACUCAGAGACCUGAAAUUACGAAAAUUUGUCUUCACAAAUGAAGAGAAGUCCAGUCUAGUUCUUGAAGACUUGGAGGAUUCCUUUGUUAUGUCUGAAGAUGAUUGGUCAGAUGAAAUGCGAGAAAAACAUGGCUGCCCUGCGUAUGUCAGUCCAGAAAUAUUAAAUGCGGGUAAAUCAUACUCUGGGCGCUGC